UUGCCGGAUAUUAAUCUGGCAGUGACUAAUGUCUUGUUUUUUGCAGGGUGGACCAAAUUUGCACGUCUCACGCGUGCACUCACCAACAACCGCAACACGUUGCAGCAAAUGGCACCCAUUGGCAAACAUGAAGUCAGUCAUAAACAGUCAAGACUAGCCGAGGUUUUGCAGCUCAACUCUGACAUCCUCCCGCAGUACAAGCAGGAAGCCCCCAAGACCCCUCCUCACAUCAUCCUGCAUUAUUGCACCUUCAAGACCACCUGGGACUGGGUCAUCCUCAUCCUCACCUUUUAUACGGCCAUCAUGGUUCCCUAUAACGUUUCUUUCAAGACCAAGCAGAACAACAUUGUUUGGCUGGUGCUGGAUAGCGUUGUGGAUGUAAUUUUCCUGGUGGACAUCGUUCUCAACUUCCACACCACCUUCGUGGGUCCCGGUGGAGAGGUGAUUUCUGACCCAAAACUAAUCCGUAUGAACUACCUGAAGACCUGGUUUGUCAUAGACCUGCUGUCCUGUCUGCCUUAUGACAUCAUCAAUGCCUUUGAGAAUGUGGACGAGGGCAUUAGCAGUCUGUUCAGCUCCCUGAAGGUGGUCCGCCUGCUGCGUCUUGGCCGGGUGGCCAGGAAACUGGACCACUAUCUGGAAUACGGUGCAGCUGUUCUGGUCCUGCUGGUCUGCGUGUUUGGACUGGUGGCCCACUGGCUUGCCUGCAUCUGGUACAGCAUUGGAGACUAUGAAGUCAUCGAUGAGGCCACCAACACCAUCAAGAUGGACAGCUGGCUUUACCAGUUGGCUAUCAGUAUUGGAUCACCUUAUCGAUACAAUGCCAGCGGCUCAGGCCAGUGGGAGGGUGGCCCCGGCAAAGACUCUCUGUACAUCACAUCUCUGUAUUUCACCAUGACAAGUCUUACAACUAUUGGCUUCGGCAAUAUUGCCCCGACCACUGAUGGAGAGAAAAUCUUUUCUGUGGCUAUGAUGAUGGUGGGAUGUAAGUAUGACAGACACUCACUGACACAUUUUGCUUUAAGUAUCCUGUGA